UACUGGCACCCAGUGUGAAGAGGUCCUCUUUGUCAAGCAACAUUACGAGGCCAUCUGCAGCCUAUGGAUGUCAAUGGACACCCAAAGUUGGAGCCCUCCCCUGAGACUCAUGGGCCUCUUCCCCUGACCUCUAGUACACUCAUGGUGAGCAAGAGUCUACAGCAAGAUUCCCUCAGUAUGGUGGGUGACAGGCUCCCACCAAAAACUGGUGCUGUGGUUAUUGACAUGGGCACAGGCACCUGUAAGGUAGGCUUUGCGGGACAGACCCAACCCACCUACUCGGUGGCCACCAUCCUGGGUUGCCAGCCCAAGAAACAAGCUACCAAGGGCCAGUCGGAGCUGGAAACUUUUAUUGGGGAGGCAGCCCGCUCCCGCCCAGAACUGAGGUUGGUGAAGCCUAUUCGCAAUGGCAUUGUAGUGGACUGGGAAGCGGCCGAACUAAUAUGGAGACACAUCUUGGAACAUGAUCUCCAAGUAGCCACCCAUGAGCACCCUCUACUGUUUUCGGAUCCACCCUUCAGCCCUGCCACCAACCGAGAAAAGCUAGUAGAAGUGGCCUUUGAGUCUCUGCACGCCCCAGCCUUAUAUGUGGCAUCUCAAUCUGUAUUGUCAGUCUAUGCUCACGGGCGUGUCAAUGGACUUGUUGUGGACACCGGCCAUGGAGUCAGCUACACAGUGCCAGUUGUUCAGGGUUACAACCUACCCCAUGCCAUCCAACGCUUGGACCUGGCAGGCAACCAUCUUACUGCUUUCCUAGCAGAGAUGCUCCUGGGCUCUGGCUUCUCGUUGCAACAGGAGGACCUGGACUUGGUAGAGAACAUCAAACAUCAUUACUGCUAUUUGGCCCCAGAUUUCCAAAGGGAACAGGCCCGCCCAGAUCAGGAGUGCAAGCAAACCCUGAAGCUUCCUGAUGGACGGACUGUCACUCUGGGAAAGGAGUUAUUCCAGUGCCCAGAGCUUCUAUUCCAUCCCCCCGAGAUUCCAGGAUUGUCGCCCAUGGGCCUCCCAGCCAUGGCUGAACAGAGCCUCCUCAAGGUGCCUCAGGAGCUACGGCCUCAUGUGGCCCAGAAUGUGAUACUAUGUGGAGGCUCCUCACUCUUCACCGGCCUGGAGGGUCGCUUCAGGGCAGAGUUACUGCAUUCUCUGUCCCCUGAGGACCACGUAGUGGUGAUGGCACAGCCCAACAGGAACCUCUCCGUGUGGAUUGGAGGCUCCAUUCUAGCCUCAUUGCAUGCUUUCCAGUCCUGUUGGGUCCUACGGGAACAAUAUGAAGAAAGGGGACCCCAGGUUGUAUACCGAAAAUGCUACUAACAUGGGGAAAGGUGGGAAGGGCUAAGGGCAGUAAAGCUUUCUUGGCAAGCAAA